AUGGACUUCAUGCCCGAGGUCACGCUGAAUGACGCCAGCGACUCUAUACAAGAGGGACACCGGGCAAAAGACUUCCAGUGGUCGCCUUCGGCUACGCAGAAAGCCAAGUUGCGAUACAGACAGGCCCUCGCUCUGCGCCUGCAGAGAAAGAGCGAAUCCGCUGGAAGAGCGUUGGCGCUGGUGGACGAGGCUUUGGAGUUGUUGCCUGGAGAUAGGGGUAUUACAAGGGAGAGACAGACCAUUCUGAUGUGGCUGAGCCAGUUAUCUUGA